AUGAUCCUAUCUCCAUCAUGUCAUUCUAGGUUCUUCUUAAUCAAUCCGCACCACCUUCCCUUCAUCAUAUGCUGGUCUGGACCUCAUUGCUACGAUCUCCUACACAUUUCUCGUUCUUCAUCUAUUCAUCAAUUUCUCUCCGUUCGUCCUGUGCCUUCCCGUCCUCCACAGGCGCGUCUGCUGAGCCAGGCAGCAGUGCACGUGCAGCACCUCAAGGACGCAUGUCGUGCCCUCACAGCCACGGGCCACGCACACAUCACUGUGCCUUCCCCAUCAGCAUCAAACAGCGGACCCACAUCGUCGGCACAGGAAGGAGCGUGGGCAGUGGAGGGAGUUUCGUUCUGUGGGCGGGUGGAGGAGGCGAAGCUGCUGGCAUUGGAGGGGCAGGAGGACAUGGCCGUGCUCCUGCUGCGGCACCUGCUGCGCCAAGACCUGCCUCUCGAUGCCUCCCAGGGAUCUCCUUCGCCUGCUGCUUCCGCUGCUACUUCUGCUACAUGUGUGCCGGUGCUCGACUGUGUCUACACGCUUGGCUUGGCGGCCAAGUGGCUUGGGGAGACACGCUCUAUCAGGUUCGGCCGGAUUGGGAGGCUAGACAUGAGCAUCAAUUUCAAAGAAGAAGCAAUGCAAAACGGCACAGCCUCCUUCUAUCCACAAGUGAAAGUCACGUGCAUGGCAUUUUUAUGUCGACGCUGUGCACUAUGA